AAAUUACUAGCUCUCGGAGCCGCAAAGGUACCAGACCUUGUUCUUUACCUCUGUUCUAUCUUGCCGUCUUCACUCUACUUCACCACCACCAACACCUUCAACAUGAUCGAGGGCACAGCUCCGCUCAUCCCGCCAAUCACUAAUGGCAGCAUCCUCCCCAAGGACACCAUCGGGCAGACAGUCACGGCUGUAGCAGCGCCCGACAGCAUCUCUGCAGACGAAAUCGCUCUCUACGACCGCCAGAUCCGCCUGUGGGGAGUCCAGGCCCAGGAGAAGAUCCGCACCGCCAACAUCCUCCUCAUCAACAUCAAGGCCCUCGCCAAUGAAAUCGCCAAGAACCUCGUCCUCGCCGGCGUGGGCUCCAUCACACUGGCAGACCACCAGGUCGUGACGGAGGAGGAUCUGGGCGCGCAAUUCCUCAUCAGCGAGGACGACGUGGGCAAGAACCGCGCAGAAGCAGCAGCCCCCCAAGUCCAGAAGCUCAACCCGCGCGUCAAAGUAAACGUCCUCACCACAAACAUCUGCAACGCCCCCAACGAGAACUUCUACGCCCAAUUCGACGUCAUCAUCGCCACAGACCUCCCCUUCGCCUCGCUCUUCGCCCUCAACGCAGGCGCCCGCAUCGGCAACCGACCCUUCUACGCCGGCGCCUCCCACGGCCUAUACGGGUACAUCUUCGCCGACCUCAUCGCGCACACCUUCGUCAUCGAGCGGGAGAAGAGCAACCGCGCAACCUCCAAGGGCGCCGAAACCCCCACGCGCACAGUCGUCGACAUUCAAACGAAGCGCGAGAACGGGAAAGCCAUCGAAAUGGUGACCAAACAGGAAAUCUACACGCCCCUCAUGCUGGCCAAGGACUCCCCCCUCUCCCCCGACAUCACCGCAAACGCCCGCCGCCUCAAAAAAGUCCACCCCCUACUCACCGCCGUGCGCGCACUAUGGGAGUACCAGCGCAGCGGCCUGGGCAUCGACCCCACGCACUCACAAGCCGACCUCUCCGCCUUCACCAAGCUCGCGACAGAGAAACACAAAGAGCUACUUCUCCCGUCCGAUACACUGACGGCGGACUUCCUGCGCAGUUUCCUGCAGAACCUGGGCAGUGAGGUUGCGCCUGUUACGGCGUUCCUGGGCGGCCAGCUCGCGCAGGAUGUUAUUAAUGUGUUGGGGCAUCGCGAGCAGCCCGUGCAGAAUCUUAUGCUGUUUGAUGGGGAGGAGAGUCUGGCGCCGGUUUAUACCCUGCAUUCUGGGGUGCAGGGGGUGGUGUUGCCGAUUCUGCCGGCGUCUGGGGCUGGGGCGGCGGUGGUGGAGAUUGACUGAGUGAUUGAGGAGGGGUUGUGGUCAUGGGGGAUGUUUGACAAAUGGAGGGAUGGAGGAAAAGAGCAGCAGGAAGCAUACACAACAGGAGUCCACACAUGAGAUACACGGAGAAGGAUAAGGAUUUCACGAUACCCCAGCACGAUGAAUUAGAUAGCUAGCAAGCACACUCAACACAAGAGAUAGUAAUGCAAUACACUGAAUUUCC